AUGCCGCGACACGAGCAGUGGACCUUCGAUGCCAAUGGACUGCGAAUUGUUAUCUGCCAGAACAAUAUUGUUGCCUGGCGGCCUUGCGGGGACAUGCAAGCUGCCAUCGUGAACGCAGCAAACGCGGAGUUGUUGGGCGCUGUUGGUGACGACGAGGACUAUGGUGAUGACUUUGGUGGCGGCGGGGUUGACGCUGCUCUUCACCGACUCGCAGGACCCGAGCUAAGACGCCUAUGCGCCAGCUUGCCGGAGAUCGCCCCAGGGGUGCGAUGUCCAACCGGUGAAGCAAGGAUCACAGCUGGUGCCGACUUGCAUGUCGGACAUGUGAUUCAUGCUGUGGCUCCAGUCUUUCCGGCCCAUGCACCUGAAGAGGCAAGACAGCUGUUGGAGCAAGCAUUUCUGUCGGCGUUGCGGCUUGCCGAGCAAAGUGCGAUUCAAGCUGUGGCCAUCCCCGCCUUGGGCUGCGGGCUCUUCGGCUGUCCUGUAGAACUUGGGGCGCGAGCCGCCAUCGAAGCUUGCAGACUUUUCUCAGAGACGGAGAAGGGGCGGCCACCAGAGGUACACUUUGUGCUGUACAAAUCCUCGGAGCUGAAUGCUUGGCCGUGUGCACCUUCGAGCCAGCAAGAGACCGACCAGCGCAAUCUCGAAAGGCUGCUCAACACCUUGCUUCAGGAAGAUGCUGAGGCACAUCCCACACCAAGCGGCGCUAGAGAGCGCCCCCAAACGCAGAGGUGGGAAUCCUCCUACGCUGGUCGGAGGUCACAUGCUCAGCCACAUACCUCGGCGAACCAGCUGAGCCAUGGUUCGUCAGAGGCAGAGAGCGCUGCUGCCUUGGAGCUGGAUGCGCUGAUCAAGGUGCGAGACUGGAAGCAGGUUCAGAAGAAGAUCCGGGGGAAGGUGUGGAAGCUUAGCUGCUCAAAGGCAGGCUCGGAGCAGCUGCAACAGUUGCUCGUGUCUGGGGGUCACGUGAAGAGUGGUGGCGCCAAGGACUGGAACGCUGCUGUUGACACUGUGAUCUCGGAGCUGCGGACGCACGUCAUGCAGGCGUUUUUCACCAAGCCGAACUUCUCCAACUAUGUUCUGCAAGCUUGCAUACAGGCUCUGUCGCCGGAGCGCUUCAAGUUUAUCCUCGAGGAGUUCCCAUGGCGCGGGCUUGGGGAGCUGAAGGAUUGCGUUCCGCAGGCAUCCGUGCGAUGCCACAAGGGGAGGGGUACAGGGGAGCCACUCAUGCAGGUGAAUGAUGGUUGUGGGGAUGUUCGAGUUCGCGCGCUUGCCUUCAUGUGGCUAUGGAUGCCCAAGGCUGCCGUGUCACUUGGCGUCGCGUACCAUCGUAGUGGUGAGAUGAUUGGAUGCCUGCAAUGCGUACUGUACAAGGUGAUGCAGCGAAUCAUCGAGCACGUUGGUGACAAGAACGUGGGCGUCAUGCCAGUCUGCGGCUAUGUGGUCAUCUUUCGACAGAAAGCCGACUACGCAUCGCAGGCUGUGUCGUUAUGCAUUCUAAGGCAGCUCCUGGAGCAAAUCCUUCCGAGACUGCGGGAGUCUGCUCCCCAGCACAGGGCACUCGAGUCUACGAUCGUGAUGGCGCCUUUGUCAGGGGUGUCUGCCCUGAAUCAUGCCUUGGCCAAGGGUCGCAAUGUGCAGAAAUUCCUGGAGAUGGCUUCUCAAAGCCAAAGGGACCUAAUCGCAGAGGAGCUGCUGCGGCUAGUCCAACAUGACAGAGAGGUCCUCUUCGAGAUGGCGAACAGCAAGUUCGCCAGCCACGUUCUUGAAAAAGCAAUGGCCUAUGCUUCCGCAGAACUCCAGGAACACUUUCUCUGCAUUUUGGAGACCGAGUUGGACACUAGAGUUGACAGGCGCAAGCUGAAGAAGAAAAAGCCAGCACCUCAUUUUGGCAGCAUCCUCGUCCUCAUCGUGUCCGUCCCCUGCGUGGAGCGCUUACUUCUUCGGCAGUCAAGAUGUGCAGCGUCAGUCUUGCGAGCCCUGUAUUCGAAGGUCCUUUCCUCGUGCCUCAUCUGCCUUCAUUCUCCGCUGUACGUCAAGCCGAUCAACCAAGUAAGCUUGAAGUUGUUCUUCAUCUUGCUUUCCCUUGGUGGAGCUGCCGCGUGUCCCGUUCUCGUGCCCGCCGUUUGCCCCGUCAACCUUACCUACCAACAAGCAGAGCUUGAUUGGCAGGCGGCCAAGCGCGAUAGGUUAUGGCUCGGGACAGUACCAGCAGGCCUGAUAUCCGAAAUGAAGAGGCAUAUGGCAGCCUGCCUGGUCCCACCAAGCCAAGUUCUCAGUUUCGCCGUCGACAUUGAAGAUCACGUGACGCAGGUGCUCUCUGUUGCAUCUCUGAGGCAGCCCGACUCCCCAAUGUGCCUUUCCCCCGGGCCCGAGACGCUCCUCGGACUGGGCUACUUGCUCUGCCUUCACAUUAUCUCCCUCAUGCUGCGGAGGUACUUGGCAGGGCGAACGACUGUGUUUCCCUUCUGGUACAUCUUCCUAGGGAUUGCGCUGUCAGUGGCGCUGGUCCUUUCCGUCUGCUUUGCACGCUUGAACUAUUCCAAAAACAUGCUUGCGUCUGAAACGCUGCAUCGGUUGGCUAUGGCAUCCAAUGUCGAUCCAGCUGCCGACUCAAGUAGCCGAUACUUGGACAUCGGCCGCGUCGAAUUUGCACCGGGUGCUCAAAUCGACGCUGGCAAGUACAUAGGUUUCAAGAACAGCGAUCUCUAUUGUGUAGCGCCCAUCAUCAACAAGAAUGCCACCAAAGCCCCGGCCAGCUACGACUAUUGGGCUGUUGGACUUAACUGCUGUGACCAAAACGGCUUCCGCUGCGGGGAGUACGACAAGCCGUCGGCGCGAAGUGGUGUCCGGCUGCUGAACGAGGAACAGCGGCAAUUCUAUGUCCUGGCAGUGAAGGAGGCCGAGGCAACUUUCGGCAUCACAGCUACGACACCCCUCUUCUUCUUCUGGGUGGAGGACGCCAACGCCCUCCAAAAAUCCUGGCAGGACAAAGCGAUGGAGUACUGGCUGCUGGCCUGCCUCACCUUCACCGCCUUCAUGUUUGUUGCCACUGUGGCUGGAGUCGUAUACUUUGAGUCCUUCUACGUGACCUUCUGGUGA